AAAUUUAAGUUCGGUUUAUUUUUUUUACAAGUAUACUUAUGCAAAACAUGAUCUUGUUCAUUUUUCAUUUACAAACAUCUAUAUAUCUAUAUUCAAAUAUAAAUUACUUUUUUAAUUAAGCUAUUCUUUAUAUAAAUGUUUUCAGAUAAAAAAAAUAAACAUUUUAUGAUAUUUCACAGAAAAUAAGUUUCAAUGUGUGAUUAAUCAAUAUUCACUUAUUUACACAUUAUUGUACUGCAUGUUUAUUAAGUACUAAACAUAUUUAAUAUUUUUUUCAUUUUUUAUUCAGUGUUAUAACAUUCUGUUAUUUAGAUAAUACUAAAAAAAACCAAAUUAUGUAUAAUGAAACUUUUAUUCUUUUAUAUCUUUAUAUAUACGAGUUUAUCAAAUUAUCUGAUUUAUUAUUUUCUAUGUUAUUUUUCUUAACAUUUUUAUUUGGAAGAAAGCUUAAGUUGUUCCAAUUGCAAGAAUCAGCCUGUAUUCGCAUAUGCGUGGCUGAGUUCACUCUACGUCCACCACGAGGCGCCAGCGCGUUUCCACCGCAUCCGUUUACUUUAGCUCGUGAGUUGCACGUCAGCCGUUGUAUAAGGCGGAUCGUUCUUUCUUUAUUGAUAUCAUGAAUUCGAUUAAUUUAUAUCAAAAGCAUUGUCCGAUCAAAAUUAUACUUUUUCCGUUACGAUAUUGUUGUAUUGGAAAAUUAGUGAUAAGAAAAUUAAUUACACGAUAGUAUUUUUAAAGCGCGGGAAGAUUAAAUACUGUAAAAAAUAUUUCAUUUGAUUGUUAUCAUUGUAAGUUAUAAUCAGAGUCUUAUCAGUGUUAAGUGAUAAAAAAAGAUUUAUUAAAAAAUUCUGUUUAAAAUUAAUAUUUUGCUUGUUAUUCAAGCGAAAGAAAACGUGAAACAUCCUAAUCAGGAUUUUAGAUGUUUAUUUAUUAAUCAUGUGUAACUUUCAAUGCAUAUUAGUGAAAUUAUUGAUUGUGGAUCGAUUGAAGCGUAUUUUUUUUAAAGAAAUUGCAUCUUUGGUUCAUGAUCAUUGACCUGUUGAAAUUUUCGAUUUCGUGCGUCAUUAUUUUCGACAAGGAAUUAUGAUACAAGCGAUCAUUCUUGAUCGCGUGUUGAUUGGUUAACGAUAAAAUAUAUAGUACCAAUGUCACCCUUGAGAUUGAAUAAUUAUAGUGUCGUAUGCAACGUAUGGUGUCAGAACGUGUGGUUAGGUUGUUCCUGAAAGUAUCACGAUUUAAACGAAGUGAAGGGAGCCGAGUGCAACGAAUUCCAUUGGUUUCUGGAGUUUGACAACGUGAACUCGGCGUCAAGCAUGAUUUUCACCGGCAGGUCAGUGGACGCUCUCGACGAAGUUCGCGGUAAUAACGUCCAGACGGAAAACCGUCGAGAUGUUAGCGCCGUUGCUAUAGCUGCAGGAUGGUUCUCCAGUUUACGCAGACCUGGUAAAAGGAACAAGAAGGGCUACCAAAAGCAGGCCAAGAGCGCAUGGGACCUUAGCACAUUAUCUAUGCAACUGAAAGAUGAGCUGGGUGAAGUGGUGGCUGAAAUGGAGGCGAUGGAGGGCGGUGGUCUUGCCGCCGAUGAGACCAAGCCAUCGAAUAAGGCUAAGCAGACGUCGAUCGGCCGUAAGAAGUUCAACAUGGACCCUAAGAAGGGCAUCGAGUACCUGAUCGAGCACAAUCUGCUAGCGCCGACGCCCGAGGACGUCGCCCAGUUCCUCUACAAGGGCGAAGGUCUUAACAAAACGGCGAUCGGCGAUUACCUUGGUGAAAGACACGACUUCAACGAGAGGGUGUUGAGGGCAUUCGUCGAAUUGCAUGAUUUCACCGAUUUGAUUCUCGUGCAAGCUCUUCGACAAUUUCUUUGGUCGUUCCGAUUGCCCGGCGAAGCACAAAAGAUCGAUAGGAUGAUGGAAUGCUUCGCACAGAGGUACUGCCAGUUGAAUCCCAAUAUAUUUACGAAUACGGACACUUGUUACGUGCUCAGUUUCGCUAUCAUUAUGUUGAACACGUCCUUGCACAAUCCGAGCGUCAAGGAUAAACCUAGCGUGGAACAGUUCAUAUCCAUGAACCGUGGAAUUAACAAUGGCGGCGACUUGCCUCGGGAACUUCUUGUGAGUCUAUACGAAAGUAUAAAAACAGAACCGUUCAAGAUACCGGAAGACGAUGGGAAUGAUUUAAUGCAUACAUUUUUCAAUCCGGACAAGGAAGGUUGGCUUUGGAAGCAAGGCGGACGUUAUAAGAGCUGGAAAAGACGGUGGUUUAUAUUGAACGACAACUGUCUUUAUUACUUCGAGUAUACAACUGACAAGGAGCCACGAGGUAUCAUUCCGCUGGAAAACAUUCAGGUCAGAGAGGUGCAGGAUCGGCACAAGCCGCAUUGCUUCGAGCUCUAUGCCGCUGGCUCUGAAUUCAUCAAGGCGUGCAAAACAGAUAGCGAAGGAAAAGUUGUCGAAGGAAAACAUACUGUGUACAGAAUGUCUGCAGCCACAGAUGAAGAAAAAGAAGAAUGGAUCAAAUGCGUGCGGCAAAGUAUAUCGCAUAAUCCAUUCUACGAUAUGCUUGCGGCCAGGAAAAAGAAGGCACAAAAGACCAAUGUACAUUCAAAGAGUUAAACUUUACCAUAGACACAACUUCGAGAGAAGCUUGGCAAGAUAUAAAAAGACUGUCUAUUCACGACCCUGUUUUCCUAUCAGGAUCGUAUAGUACAAUAUAUAAUCAAAUCUGGGCGGAAGUCCAUUCAACUAUACGAAGAGAAUUUAGCAGGAAAAUAUAUCUGUUGAUAGAUAUUUAUCAACAUAGCAUUGUUGAUCCAACUAAAAACUUGAAGAAUCAUACACAUAAAAGAAAAUAUACUUCAAAGGAAGAGGAAAUGGUGUCAUUAAUUAAUUUUAUAUAAAAAUUAUAUUGCGUUUUAGAGGCCUAAAUACAUAUUAUUUAAAUGGAAUUCAACAUAAAUUGGAAGCGUUUCUUUAAGAGAUAAACGAGUAUAGAAACACAAAAAGUAUAUUAUAUUUAGUAAAUCAUACAGCGAGCAUGGCGAUGAUGAUGGAUAAAUAAAUUAGACGUGUAAAGACAACAUUUUUCUUUUCGUAAUGUUCAGAAAAAGUUAAAUAAGAAAAAUUUUAAAAAAAACUUCAACCAUACUUGAUAAUUAAAAAUAUUCAUAAAAAAAUAAUGUGUAUAUAUAUUUAUCGACCGUUGGAAAGAUAGAUUCGUUCAGAAAAAGAGAUAAUUGUAGAAAGAAUGAAAUCUUUCUUAUUUUCUGGCAGCUUUAAAGGAAUUAUCGAAAUUCGUAAUCGUUUCAACAUGCAUAAAAUAUUUAUUAUAUACGAUAUUUUCGUGCGUUAUAAUAUUUUGUAUUCUUUGUAAGAAGAAAGAAUAGGAUAAUCUAAAAGUGAUCAGAAAAAAUAAUAUAUGAGACAAUGAUUUUUCAUAAUUAUAAACUGACAUUAAACGCAAGAACAAGUUAGUAAGAUGCGUGCAUUAUGUGAUAGUUGUGUAUUUAUUUGAGAAAAAAAUAAAACAUGUAUAGAUAAAAUUAGUUAAAAGAAAAAAUUUUUUCAAUAUGCCAGAAAUUAUCCUAAACUGGUACAUUGUCGUACAGUUUGUAAAUAUGGUAUAUUAGCCAAUUAUGUGACAGUAGAUUAGAAUAAUUAUUGUUUUUUUUUUGUUUGAAUAUAUAUGUAUAUAUAAAUAUAUACAUAUAUAUGUACAUACAAAUAUACAAAUGACGCAUGAGGUAUUAUAGCUUUGUGCAUUAUACGUAUUGCAAUAUAAUAGUACAGGAAAGUUCAAUAGCAACUUGAUAAGAUCCGAUUAAAAACCUGCAUCCAAACAUUAUUCAGAUUCAUACAAUAAAAUCUGAAAUUAUGUAUUAAAAAUAAUUUAUUUUAUUAGAUUAUUUUAGAUAAAAAUAAUAUAAGAAUCCAUCUACAAGUUACUUUUCUUUUUUUUUCAUUUUUCAUAUAAGAUAUAUAUAAAUAUAAAAUACAUAACAAACUUUUGAAAUAAAUUUUUCAAUUAUAUUUGAAAAUGAUCUUUUUAAAUAUAUAUAAUGAUUUUUAUAUUUCAAAAUAUAUUAUUGUUAAUCAAAGUUCUUCAGUGAAUCAUGUUUCAAAAAUAUAUUUAGAAUUUUCAAAUGUUUCUUUUUUGAAACUAAUUUUAUAUUUAUUAUUAUUUGUCUUUUUCUAUUUUAAAAAAAUGUGAUGAUCCGUCUUUAUAUUGCAAUUUCUAAACAUAGAUCCUUCCAGUUUAGCAAUUAUCUAGCGAGCUUAAAUUAAAUGGUAUCAAUAUACAUAGAAAAUGGAGAAAAGAAAGAAGAAAGGCAGAGAUGCGGGUGCCUUUGAGAUCUUGUUCAAGCUAGUCUUAACAAUUAAUCAAUCCGUCAUAUGUAGGAAUAUAUAAAGAAAUUCCAGGAUUUUUCUUUUUUCUUUUUUUUUUCUUUUUUUUUUUUUUUUGCUACAUAUGAGAGAGCUAGACAUCGAAAAAGCCUUAUUACAAUACAAUAAAUAAUAAAAUACAGAAAUAAUUAUAUAGGGCCAAGACUAAUAAAACGUAAGUUUUUUAAAAUUACGCUACUGAUGGCAGAAUGUAUAAUUGUUCUGUAUAACAGUGAUUUAUACCCAAUCGUAGUUUUCAAAGAAACGCACUAUUUCUACUAUAAACGGUAAUUUGAUUUGUUACGGUUACCAACCCGUCCUUGAAUCAUUAUACAAUUUAUACAAGAUAUUUUAAUUUUUUCUGUUUUUUCAAUUCCCUGCGAUCAUAUUAUAUAAAUAAAUUAAAAAAUAUUGCGUUAAUUCAUUAUUUGUCUGUAAUAUUUAUCUAAUAAUAUUGGUAAAUAUUAUUUUUCUUUUGCAAUGCUGAAAUGAUAGAUGUAAAAUAAAUGGUUAUAUGCAUUGUUAGGAAAUUGUGUAAAAUUAGUUUAGGAAAAUUUUUUCAUCAAAAAAAUUUACAUUUCCUUUAUUUAAUGUUUCUUUGAAGAAUUAUUUGAUGAUUGAUGUAAUAUAAUUUGUAUCUUAAUAAGAGAUGAUUGAUUGAUUAUUUUCACUAUUACACGAAGUUAUUAUUGUUAAAAAAAUAAUUUUUUUUUAUUGUUAAAAAAAUAGAUAUAUAAAAUAUAAAUAUAUUAAAAUUAUAUUUAUUUUUAAAAAUUUAUGAUAUUAAUAUUUUAAAAAAAUAUUUUAAAAAAUUUACAAAAUUUUAUAUAUGAAAUAAAAUCACAAACGAAAAAUCAAGUCAAUAUAAAAAUAUCAUAUUAUUGUAGAAAAGCAAUAUUUUAAUCAAAAAAAUUGAUUAGAUAUAUUUUAAUAAAAUAUAAUACAAAUUUUGAUUCAUGAGAAAAAAUUCAUCAGUUUAAUAAAAAUGAUACAUACCACGAAUAAUAAAACUUGUGUAUUAGUAAAAUAAUUAAUAUAAUCCAAAAAUUGUAUAAAAAACUGCACUUUAUAGUGCAGAAUUGUACAUUUCAUUGUAUAUUAUUUCACUCAAUAAUUGUUUGGUAUUCAUAAUGAUCUGUGUAUUGUAUUUACAACAUUGAAUGUAUUAAUUUAAUUUAAUAAACGAAAUUAAUAAAUAUUUCCAUUUCAUAAAAAAUUUAACAAAUAA